GAAUGCGUAGCGGUAGUGACAGUCGUGACAGUGUCGUUGCGUUACGGUUGGUUACGGUUUACGGUGUUGAGUAAUUGUAAAUAUGUUAUUAUCCAAGGUUACACCUUCUACACGGCUACGAAAAUGAACUCGUAACGCUGUAGCCAGUUUAUUUAAUUAUAUAUAUAAACGAUGUCAAUAGCCAGCUGUCAAUUCUGAUAAUUUCGUUGUACCAUGAUGGGAAUAUUGUACGAGAAACGGCCACUGAAACGGCCUAGACUAGGGCCGCCUGACGUCUAUCCUCAAGAACCGAAGCAGAAAGAAGACGAGCUCACUUCUAUAAACGUUAAACAUGGAUUCUCAACGAUGCUUCAGCUUUCCGAUGAAUUUGGGACUGCAAGACAUUGUAAUGUCACUGCUGCCAAAGUGGGAGCAUACUUCAAUGCAAUUCUUGCGAAGAAGGAGGAGCUUUCUACUAUGCCAGAUACAGGUAGAAAAAGGCAACAGAUCAACCCAAAGGAUAAUUUUUGGCCUGUAACUGCAAGAACAAAGAAUGGCAUUGAAGCAUGGUUCAAAGAUCUUUCUGGUUGCAAGCCGCUAAUAGCACUUGCAAAAAGAGCUCCAAACUUCAAUAAGAAAGAGGAGAUAUUUAUGAUGCUAUGUGAAUAUCAAGUACCCAUGCUAAGGGCAGCAUGGUUCAUUAAACUUAGUUCUGCUUAUACUGUAGCUGUUUCAGAGGCCAAAAUAAAAAAAAGACAAUUACCUGAUCCAACAACAGAAUGGACAGGAACACUCAUUAAAUUUUUAAAAGAUCAACUUUCAAAGCUACAGGAAUAUUAUUAUUUAAAUAAUCAUGGAACAAACAGUACUAGUAAUAAUGGUAUUACAAAUAACUCCUGUAAUGGUAAUGGUUCUGGAAGUAGUAAUAAUAAUAGUAGCAGUAACAAUACUGUCAACAGUACUACUAAUAGUAACAAUGGAGUCACUACUAACCAGCCAGCCACACCAAAUUCCAAUAAUCAAACGAUGUCUGGAAGUACUAUGAAUGAGGAGCAUAAAUUAGCAUUGAAACAGUGGCAUUAUUGUGUGCAAUUGGCAAAGUAUAUGUUUGAGGAAGGUUUAUUAGAUAGGCAGGAAUUGCUGCAAUGGAUUUUAGAAUUAUUAGACAAAAUUAAGUCAUCUCCUUCGGAGGAUGGUAUUUUAAAACUGUUGUUGCCAUUGGCGUUGCAAUACUUGGAAGAAUUCGUGCAGUCCGAAUUAUUAGCUAGACGCUUGGCAUAUCUAUGCUGUCGUAAAUUGGCACACAUGUGUAGUAACGUAGAGGCCAAUGGCAAUCCCCAAAGUCCGUCCAUAAACAAAAGCGAUGUUAAUGGUGGAAAAGACACUGCCACAGCUAGUCAAACGCCAAAUCCAUUAACGGCUGCUUUUAAUGACUACUUGUCGUGUCCACAUCACAGAGAUGUGAUAUAUAGCUUAUCGACAAUUAUACAGGUAAUCACAUUAGAGUGUCCAACAGCAUUGGUAUGGAACAGCGUCGGCGAAGGGAAGGCGCCGUCUGUGUUAAAUGGUUCUCCUUUGGACUAUUUAUCUUGUCCUCCGACAGCUUUACCCUGUCCACCAGCGAGUGCAACCAAUCCAACGUUAAAGCAACUGAAAAUUGCCCAAGAAAAUAUACAAGCAAGGUCUCAAGCUGCAGAAGGCAAAUGGUCAUGCGAUAAGUGGCAGCAAAGUAGUGCUGGGAUAACAACGACUAAAGUGCUGGCUGCUUUAGAUGCUCUGGAUAGGCAUAGCUUUGAUAGUAUGGAUUCUAGCAACUCCUUAGACACGCUGUAUGUUAAGAUAUUCACGUCACCGCCGAAAGAUAGCACUAAUGAACGGGAUACGAAAACGGAAUACAAUCCACAACAAGACUCUGCCGUGGUUGAAAUCUUAUGCGAAUGGGCUGUUAGUGCCGAACGAUGGGGAGAGCAUAGAGCAAUGGCGGUGGCAAAACUGCUUGAAAAACGGCAGAGUGAAGUAACCGGUGAAUCGAAUGAUAACGAUGAUAAAGACAGUGUUUGUAGUAACGGGAAUCCACCUGUACUUCCAAUUUUUCAACCGUUGCUUAUGAAGUUUUUGGACAUGGACGCCCCGGUAUUAGAUAAUACAUCAGCUCAAUCAAAAGUUCAGUUCACGAAUUUGGUUCACUUAUUUUCAGAAUUAAUUAGACACGAUGUGUUUUCACACGAUGCAUACAUGUGCACGCUCAUCUCUAGAGGAGAUCUUAUACAAGGUCCCGCAGCCAGUAAGCCAGGAACUCCAAGUAAUCGAGAACCAAUUGACGAAGACAGCUUGUUUCCGGGAAUAGAUUUAAAGCCGGCGAAGUUAGAAGUACCAGAUCAUGGAAGAACAAUGGAUUACGAUGAUAGUAAGAUCGAUGAUGACUUGGACAAGCUAUUGCAACACAUUAAAGAAGAUCAACAGAACAGUAUGGAUGCUCCUGAUAGUCCUAAAGAGGAUGCGCUGGCUGGGCAUAGCACACAGGAAGGACUGGACUCAAAAAUGCCAUCCAGUCAUAGUAGACAUUUGUUAUAUACGACACACUUUCCAUUACCACAGGACGAAACGUGCAGCCAACACGACUGUAAUCAGCGACACGUACUACUUUACGGAGUAGGCCGUGUUAGGGACGAAGCUAGGCACGUUGUCAAAAAGAUGACGAAGGAAGUGUGCAAAUUGUUCGGCAAGAAGUUCAGCAUCGACGUCGCGGAAGGUGGAAAAGUGAAGAAACAUUCCCGUAGCGAAUUCAACUUCGAAGCGAUCACCUUGAAGUUCCAAAAUUUGAGUUACUUCGAUCAGCACGUAGUGACGUGGCAGUGCGCGACUCAAGUGAUUGAAAUGUUGAACACGUUCGCACUGGCUGGGUCGUCUUAUUUGCCGGUUCAGGAGCACGUAGCCUUCCUUUUCGACCUAAUGGAGCUAGCUCUGAAUAUUUACGGUUUGAUAGAUGUUUGUAUUCAAAUUCUGAAAGAGCUCCCAGAGGUGGAAACACAAUUAACCGUUCGAAAUAGUCAACUCGUUAGAAGUUACACCACCAGUCUGAGUCUGUAUGUUGUAGGCGUAUUAAGAAGAUAUCAUUGUUGUUUAUUAUUGUCACCGGAACAAACAACGGCUGUAUUUGAUUUACUGUGCAAAAUUGUAAAGCAUGUGUCUAAUCCUAGCGAUUGUAGCUCGGCUGAACGAUGCGUAUUAGCACAUCUUUACGAUUUGUAUUCGUCUUGUUCGUUAUUAAAGACCAAACCACACGGCGUAGAAGCGUUUAGUAACGCCUACCCCAAGAUCCGAACAGCUCUUUACAGCACGUUGCAACCGACCACAUCGAGCCACGUGUACAAUUCGCAGUUCAUGGUGGACGUUUUUACUAGCCCGAAGCGUGGCGGGAAGAUCGAGCCGCAAUGGGCCAGACAAUUGAACGAAACACCAGCGAAUCGUUACAGUUUCGUUUGCAACGCUAUCGUCGCGGUUUGCAGCGAAACAGACAAUGACAAACUGAACGAUAUCGCGAUAACUUGCGCGGAAUUAACAGCUUGCUGUAACGCGCUUAAUGCCGAAUGGCUUGGAGUCCUCAUGGCGCUCUGCUGUUCAUCUAAUAGCUCUGCCUUUUACAUUGAUGUUCUGAAUCAGGUUGAUGUGCAAGACUUGAGCAUACACAAUUCGCUUGCUGUAUUCACCUCGAUCUUAAUCGCGAGACACUGCUUUUCCCUAGAGGACUUCGUUGUGCACAUAGCACUGCCAUCCUUAGUUAAAGCUUGCAACGAGGGCCGCGGGGACGCGGACAUGGAAGCUGAAGCCGGAGCACGAUUAACGUGUCACUUGCUUUUGCGACUUUUCAAAACGGUCGAGUGUCCCCAGCCAGCUCUGUACUCUGUGAGCACCAGCCCUCAUCCGUUACCUAACGGGAAUUCCAGAGGUUACAGUAUAAAAUUAAGUUGCGAUCGACACUUGCUAGCAGCUGCUCACAACAAUAUUAGGGUUGGCCCAGUUUUGGCAGUACUUAAAGCGAUACUUGUUGUCGCUGAUGCAACAGCUGGCAAACAACCACCAAAGAAACCAGACGUGCCAAUGAACCAUUCGAGUAAAACAGGUGGGCCAGCCAGUGUCGUGGUUGGUGUUGGUGUUAGUACAGGUGGACCAAGUGAACUGUCUAUCAGUCAUAUCCUAGGUACCAGCGAUAUUCUAGGCGGCGGUGAUGAUUUGGGAUUGGAUUUGGCCAUGUCAUCGUCUAGUAGUAGCGCUGGUAUGACCACGGAAAACGUCAAAGGACUGUCCGAUUUCGCCCAGCACGUGCUGAGGCAAAUCUGUAGCCAGGAAUGGGUUUUGGAAAGAUGUCUACAGAAUCCAGAGGAGCUUUGCCAUCCUGACAUGUUGCUCGACAAUAUGUUGACUCCUCGUCAGGCUCAACGAUUGCUCCACAUGAUUUGUUACCCAGACAUUUCCACUGAUGCGUUUAUCGAUCAGAAGACUCAUAUCACAAAUAUCCUGGAAAAUCUGGAACAGUGGAGCCUGAGGAUGUCCUGGCUCGAUCUGCAGCUCAUGUACAAGCAAUUUCCUCCGGGAUCUAGCGAUCUGUCGCAGUGGUUGGAUACGGUCGCUAAAGCUGCGAUUGACGUAUUUCAAUUGAACACCGUAUCUAAUAAACCGGACAAACGAUCUGGAUCUAUAUGGCUGGUCGCGCCGCUAGUUUCGAAAUUGCCGAGUGCUGUGCAAGGCAGAGUUCUGAAAGUGGCGGGUCAGGUAUUGGAAUCCGGUAACUGGUCGAAAACAACAGCCGGCCGUGAAAGGGGUAGAUCAAAGUCACCGUCUCUGUUCAAUCAUCAGCCGUUUCUUUCAUUGGUCCUCACUUGUCUCAAGGGUCAAGACGAUCAAAGAGAAGGUUUGUUAAUGUCAUUGCACUCGCAGCUCUCGCAGUUCUUGAAUAUCAGCAAAGAAGAGAAGAACUUCGCUACCGAAGAUCCAAAAACGAGGGAGGUGUUGCAGGAUGCGCUACAGUUAAGAUUCAGUCUCGUCGGAGGCGUUUUCGAUACUAUCCAAAGAAAUACCACUGCUACCACAGACUGGGCUAUCCUCUUGGUACAACUGGUCAGCUACGGUGUUAUAGAUCUAAACAAUAAUUCUGAAUUAUUUACAACCGUCAUAGACAUGCUGGCAACUCUGAUACAUUCUACUCUUGUCUCUGAUUCACAAUCCGAGAAAGAUGAAAAUAAGAAACAUUACCAAAAUCUAAUGAAGAAAUUGAAGAAGGAACUGGGCGAUCGAAAUUCUCCAAGUAUUCGAUAUGUUAGACAAUUGUUACCGCUACCAAAACUGACGAUGGAAGUUAUAACCUGCGAACCAGUUGGAUGUUUAACAGACACGAAGGGCAAUAAAAUAGCUGGUUUCGAUAGCAUCGAUAAGAAACAGGGUUUACAAGUAUGUGAUUCGCAAAGAGUAUCUGCAUGGGAAGUGCUAGAAGGACACAAGAAUCCAGCACCUAUAUCCUGGGCUUGGUUCAGAGCAGUCAGACUAGAACGGAAACCUCUGACAUAUCAGAAUGCUCAUAAGCUUUUACGAUACCACACCCAUAGUCAAAUCAGAACACCUAGUCACUACUUGGAUGCGCCACCAUUGCCUCCGGAAGAUCUGGAACCAGAUAAGAAGGAAUCUGAGCCUGGGAAAGCUGACACUCCGAUGAGUAUCGAUUCCCCUGGAAGAGUAGCAGGUAGCGUUGGUAGUAGCGGAAUCGGCAGUGCUGUAGCCAAUGGUAAAGGAAAAGCUAUGAAAACCAGAAGACACAGAAGAAAUAAAGCAGCUACUCCCACCACACCAGUGACACAGCAAAUUCAGCAAGCACCAAACCAACUACAACAAAUGGCCUUCGGAAAUCAACAAGUACCUGUCAAUCAACAACCUGGAAUGUUUACCGGUCAACCACCGCAGCACCAGCAGCAGUGGUACGCGAAUCAGCAAACUCACACACCAGCUCAGCAAUAUGGAUAUGGACAACAAUUGCCGCCAACCCCAGUUGGACCAAGAUACGAUAGACCGGGAAUGAAUAAUCAGUCUAAACAGGCGCUUUCUCACAUGUUGCGUUUACGACUGCCAUCGAAUCAAUUGAUGAGCUCUCAGCAGCAACCAAAUACUACCCCCGUCGGUGGUCCAGGAGCAUUCCAAGGAAUGCAGAGGCAGCAGUUCAUUAGACAGCAACUGAGAGCUCAACACGGGGCUCCGAACAUGAAUCCACAACAAGGAAUGUUUCCUUCGCAACAGCAGCAACAACAGCAGCCACAGCAACAAGGAAUUUAUACUGGGAUGCAACAAGGUAUGAAUCAAAACUAUGCAGGAUAUGGAGGACAACAGAUGAUACCGCAACAACAACCGCAGCAGCAGCAGCAGCAAGCACCUCAGCAGGCGCAACAACAACAACAGCUGCUACAACAGCAACAGCAGCAGCAAGGUUUAAUGAACCAGCAGCAGAACAUGAUGUUCCCUAAUCAACAGCAGAUGAUGGGACCUCAACGAGGACAGGAAUAUAUGCCGCAACAACGUAUGCAACCUGGAGCUGCUAGGCCGCCUUAUCUUCAGGCUCCAAAUGUUACAAUGAAUACGAUGGGUCCAAUGGGAGGUGGAGUCCAAAAUCAACCAGCUCCACCAUAUAGACAAAGUAGUGGAAAACCUGGCGCAGUUGGAGUAACGGGGGUGGGCACUGCUAAUGUUGGUUUGCAACAGAACCAACAAUUUCAACAGCAACAGGCUAUUAAUCAACAACGCAUGAGGCAACAGAUGCUUGCAAUGCAACAGCAACAACAGCAAGCACAACAACAAGUUCAGCAACAACAGCAACAAGGCAAUGCCGCUGGCCAACAGCCGACUCCUCAAUUAGUGACGCAUUUGCAACGACAUUUAAGCCAACCGCCGCAACAUUACCAACAUCAACCGCCGCCUUAUUAGUAAUUUAAUAUGUACAUAAAUUAAUUGAUAUGUUGUACAAGAACAGUUUACAUAAAGUGUGUACAUCUGGAU